CUUGGAAUCAACAAAAGAUUUUGCUGUUUUGGACAAUGUUGAUCUGAUUUUCGUGCCAAUAAUGCAGACGAAUCAUGCAUAUGUGAUAUGUUUCAACAUUAAGAGGAGAAGAAUUGACAUACUAGACAGCUCAUCUGCAAGAGGAUCAAAUACACUUAGAUACGGAAAUGUACCAGACACAAUUGCGAAUAUGAUGGUCACUUACCUGCAAGCGAAGGGCCUUACAGGCAAAGCCAGCAGGUUGCAAAAAGUGAAGCCAAACAGGCUGGUAAUGAAAUGGCGGGAUUCAAAUAAUGAAUCUGAUUAUGGAAUCUUUUGCAUGAGACACAUGGAGACAUACAA